AUGGCCUCACAAUACCGAAGACGACGCGAUGAAGAGGAAGACGAGGACGAGGAGAUGGUGUUAGACGAGGAUGCCGAUGAGGACGAAGAAGGCGGCAGCGCAGUCGAUGACAUGACGCGUAAAGCAAAUGCGCUAGUCCGGCUCGCCCUGUUUAAUGAAAGCCGACAUGUACCCCUUCGACGCGACGAAAUAAACAAACGAAUAUUGGGAGAAAAUACCAGAGCAUUCAACAUUGUGUUCGCUAUGGCACAGGAGACCCUGCAAUCAACUUUCGGCAUGGAACUUGUAGAACUCAUGAGUCGUGCAGAACGCGAUCGCGAGCAAAAUGAGAACGACGAAGUCCAAGAUGGAGCGAACGCGACGGGCUUGAAGAAGAAAGCUGCUUCAUCCGGCUCGAAAUCCUACAUCCUCCGUUCCUGUCUCCCAGAAGAACUUAUCCGGAUAGCAGCAGAAUCAAACGAAGAACUUUUGACUCUCGAAUUUGACAACGACAAUACCGAAGCGGAUGACGAAGACGAUCUCCCAACAACCUACGGGAGUAUAAUCAACUGGACGAGCGCAGACCAACUCGGUGGUCUGGGUCUAUUAUACGUCAUACUUGCACUGAUCCUCGUUAAUGGACAUUCUAUGAGUGAUCCGGAACUCAAGAAACACCUCAAAACAUUCCGUCUCCCUAUGAGCGCGACGAUCGAGUUCGUCCCACACGCAACACAUCGCAGCAUGUCGAUCGAGUCCUAUCUCUCCUUACUCAUCAAACAAGGCCAUCUUGAUAGAGUGAAAAUGGGACCUGGAGGUGCUCCGAAGCCUACACAAGGGAAACGCGGAAGAACAGCCGCACACGCAGACCAUGACGAAGAAGGCGCGACAUACGAAUGGCGUUGGGGCGCUCGCGCACACGCCGAAGUAGGCGAACGUGCCGUUGCAGAGUUCGUUGCUGAAUUCAUGGCCGAGCGGAUUAUUAGGGAUGUUGAGACUGGUCAGGCUCCACGCACCUCGACUAGGAGAAGGAGAAAUGAGGGCGAAGAAGAUGACGAUGAGGAAGGAGAGGAAGGAGAGGAGAGACGGAUGGCUGAUGAGGAGAGGGAGAAGAUUCUUGCGGCUAUGAUGAAGGAUAUUACAAGGGCUGCUGGUGGGAGGCUUACUGAGGCACGGUAACUAACUGUUGAACAAU